AUGGCGUUGACUCAAGUGGCCAUCAAUCUGUGUCAGUUGAAUAGUUUCAAAGAAGUUGCUUUAAAUUUAGAAAAGCCGACAUAUGGCAGAUUUCUGUAUGAUGUUCCUUUUCCUGAGCCUACAUACUUCGUGAUUGAUCCAGAGGCAUUGUCCAGAUGGGCCAGGGUGGAAGACCACGAGCGAUUGUGUGAAGAAUUUCGAGAACCAGCAGAAGAAGAGCAUCUAGCUCGAUGGCAUGCAGCUGUUGAGGAGCAAUGUCUAAAACUGACCAAAGAGAUGCCCUUACCCAAUCCAUUGAAGCAAAGGAUCCGUCCCUGGAUCAAACGCAUCGCCUUGGAGUAUUUGACUUACUGCCGGAGGCAAGAAGUGUUGUUUGAAGUGUCACGCUACUUUUUGAUGGAUGUUUUAAGCGUAAGGGAUUGGCAAUUAGACGGUCGAAUAGACGAGGAGAAGAUGGAUCAAGAACAGCAACUGGCAUUUUUUAAUGAAGCCUUUGAGAUGAAAAUCAGGUGUACUAGAUUUCUUUUACAUUGGCCACAUCAAGACUACUUUUUACCUAUGAUAAAUCAGUUGUGGGGAAUAAUACCUAAAGAUGAGAAUGACCGAUGUCUUACAGACUUAGUACAGAAGUACAGUGGCAGUGAUGGAAAAGAAAGUUGUGAUUACGAAUAUCGAAGUCUGUUGGGAGCGUUGUGGGAAGUCACCCCUAAUGAGUAUAAAAAUUACGUGUUAUGCAGGAAAACAAAGCACCUAACAUUGCUGUCUCAGUUGUUAAGAUCUCCCUUCCUGGAAAAAGACCAAGUGUUAUUUAAACAGAUUUUUCGCGAUCAACCGCAAGAGAAAAGAAGAGAGAUGAUGCUCACUGAUAACGAAGGAGAAUUUAUGUGUUCGCGGUUGAUACGAGAGGAAAAGUGGACGUUUUUAAACUGGUUGCUGAAGGAAUGCUUGUCGCAGGAGGAAAUUGUUGGCUUCAGAAAACGAUUCAUUCCAUCUUUUUCCGGCUCUUGGCUCUGUAUGGAUUUGUUUGAAGAGGAUCGUCAAACGCUCGUGGAAGCUAUCUUCAGUUGGUGUUUGGGAUCGGAUGCAGAAGAAAAGCAGUACAAAGAUGACUUCAUUAGUGGGGAAGAAUGCGAAUAUAGAUGUGCUUCUCUUUUAAGCAAAGGGAAUAUCGCUGCGGUGGAACGUGUGAUCAAUUUCUGUUUAUCUUCGGUUGAGGAAAAGGGACGCGUAAAGUCGCACUUUGCUCAAGGAGCUUGUGGUUUUUUGUUGAACAGUUAUGCAAGUGAUUCUUGGUUAGAGGAUGACAUGAAGAUGUGUGAAGAAAGUGUGUGGGAGCAGAUGGAUACAGUUAUAGCCUGGAAUGUUGAUGCAGAGGAAAAAAUAAAUGAAUUUAAAAAGAAUCUUCUUUCUCGCACAGGGAUUGCAAUCCAUUACAAACUUGUGUUUGUUAGAAGAAUCCGGGAGAAGACAGAGCGCUUUUAUCAAUGGUUUGGUUUAUCCCCCAAAGAAAUAAAACAGCUCAAAUGGGGCACGCUACUUACAGAUAAGGCUCUUGUUGAUAUAGCAGAGGAGUUAGACAGUAAUGAGGGUUUAUUAUUAUCCCCUCUUCGUUGGUGUUUAACCGAUGAAGAAACAGUGAUCAAUUUCAAAAAAGAUGUUAAAGUAUGUUUAUUCUUUUUGUCGAGAAAGGGAGAGCUUGAUGAGUUAUUGAGCAAAGUCCUUGAAGAUAUUCCAAAAGAAAUUCACAAUGACACGAAUACAGCAGGCGUUUUUGUAAAAGAUGAAGAGAGAAAACGAUCUGUAGCUGUAGAUGAUGAGCCUAAUUUCCCAGAGAAGCGACCAAGGCAAAUUUAAGAGCGUGAAAAGUACUGUCCUGCUGCAAGCUGCCUCAUUUUCCAGUUAUGAAUUCUUGUUCAUCAGGAAUGGAUCGAUCUAUCAUUAGCGGGAGGAACCAGGCUCUAUCAAGAAACAUUUUCUCAGAAGAUCCAAUCCAUUUCAGAUAAAAACACCUCACUUGGGUACCACAGCUGAACUUGAACAUUUUUACCUGAGCUUGAACUUGAGCCUAUAAGAUAUUUGAUACCUGAACUGUUUGACCUGUGAGACAAAACAGGUGAUUUGGUAUGAGACUCAUACACCGAAUCAUUACCAAGGUUUUGUAAUCAGAAAUAAGCCAUCUUAAAGAUAUGUCAACAGCAAAAGCAGCUUUUCUUUCAGAACAAAGCUCUACCAUUGUAUAUUUUUACUGCUACAAUGCAAAAAGAUAUUGAAUAAUGCAGCUCCACAAUCGAUCAUGGCUUUUUCACUUUAUCAACGAAAUUUAUUAGGUUUAGUGUAACAGCAAAGAUAAUUCUUGGUGUUACCAAACACUGAGGAAAAUGUAUGUGUAUAAUCAAGAGCCAAAAUUCUUUACACUGCUUUUGGUGUAAAGUAGUAGUGACUAUUUUUGAUGUCAGUGAAACACCAAAAGAUAAUUCUUGGUGUUACCAAACACUGAGGAAAAUGUAUGGGUAUAAUCAAGAGCCAAAAUUCUUCACACUGCUUUUGGUGUAAAGUAGUAGUGACUAUUUUUGAUGUCAGUGAAAAACCAAAGAUAAUUCUUUGUGUUACCAAACACUGAGGAAAAUAUGGGUAUAAUCAAGAGCCAAAAUUCUUUACACUGCUUUUGGUGUAAAGUAGUAGUAGUUACUAUUUUUGAUGUUCAGUAAUGCUAAAACUGAUAUUUGUUUUUGAUGUACUUUUACUUUUUUAAUUGUCCAUGGAAAAAAAAGAAUAAGUAUGAUAAUGAUGAAUGAUUAAAAUUUUUUGUACUCAAAUAUGGAUCAAUACUUUUAUUCCCACUACAACCAUUUCUCUGAAAGGGCAAGAUUUAAGUUUGAUAAUCAUUUUUUGCAUUCAUUGCGGAAAAC